AUGCCGCCGGCGAGCCCAAACCUGGUCCACCCGUCCCGCGUGCGGGUCCUCCACCCGGGCGGAGGCCAUAUGCCCGGGCCGGUGGUGUACUGGAUGCUGCGGGACCAGCGUCUCGCGGACAACUGGGCCCUCCUCCACGCGGCCGAACUCGCCGCUGCGUCCGCCCCCGCGGCGCCGCUCGCCAUCGCCUUCACGCUAUUCCCACGGCCCUUCCUCCUAGGUGCGCAUCUCCGCCAGCUAGGUUUCCUCCUCCGCGGGCUCCGCCGCCUCGCCGCCGAUGCGCACGCCCGCGGCCUCCCGUUCUUUCUCCUCGAGGGCGGGCCUGCGGAGGUGCCGGCGCUGGUGCGGCGGCUCGGGGCUUCGGCGCUCGUCGCCGACUUCUCUCCGCUGCGGCCGGUGCGGGAGGCAUUGGAUGCCGUCGUCCAGGAGCUGCUGCAUGACGCUGCCAACACGGCCGUGCAGCAGGUGGACGCACACAACGUAGUGCCUGUCUGGGCGGCGUCAGGGAAGCUGGAGUACUCGGCCAAGACCUUUAGAAGCAAGGUGAGCAAGGUGAUGGACGAGUACCUGGUGGAGUACCCUGAGUUGCCGGGGUGGGCACCUUGGUGCAUGGAGCAGCCGAAGGGUGUUGACUGGGAUGCACUGAUCAAUAGCAUCUUCAGUGAGGCCGAGAAUGUGCCGGAGAUUGACUGGUGCGAGCCGGGGGAGGCCGCAGCAAUGGAGGUGCUUCUUGGGAAUAAGGAUGGGUUCUUGACGAAGAAGAUUAAGAGCUAUGACACAGACCGGAAUGAUCCUACAAAGCCACAUGCAUUGUCGUGCCUUUCACCAUACUUACAUUUUGGGCACAUUUCUGCUCAAAGGUGUGCUCUGGAGGCAAAAAAACGCCGUCAUCUUAGUCCAAAGUCAGUGGAUGCUUUCUUGGAGGAGCUGAUAAUAAGGAGGGAACUAGCUGACAAUUUCUGCUAUUACCAGCCUCACUAUGAUUCACUGGCUGGUGCAUGGGAGUGGGCUAGAAAGACGUUAAUGGAUCACGCUGGUGAUAAAAGAGAGCAUAUCUAUACGAGGGAGCAGCUUGAAAAUGCCAAAACAUCUGAUCCUCUAUGGAAUGCAUCUCAAUUGGAGAUGGUGCACCAUGGGAAAAUGCAUGGAUUUAUGCGAAUGUAUUGGGCCAAAAAGAUUCUAGAAUGGACUUGUGGACCUGAAGAAGCACUUUCGAUAGCAAUAUAUUUGAAUGACAAGUAUCAUAUCGAUGGCAGGGAUCCCAAUGGCUAUGUUGGUUGCAUGUGGUCUAUUUGUGGCCUCCAUGAUCAGGGUUGGAAGGAACGUCCGGUAUUUGGAAAGAUACGUUAUAUGAAUUAUGCUGGUUGCAAGAGAAAAUUUGAUGUUGAUGCUUAUGUUUCUUACGUUAAAAGAUUGGUUGCUCAGGCCAAGAAGAGGAAAACCGAGGAAUAUCUGAAUCCACGGUCAAAGAAUCCAAAGUCUGACUUGGCUCAGCAGUUGGACAAGUCUGAAACAUUGAUAUAA